GUUCCUCAUUAUCAAAUUAUAGUAAACAUUAUUAAUUCUCUUACUUCAUGAUAUAAAAAUGUUUUUGUUUUUUUAACGUGACUUUGGUCACGUUUCGUGUAUUUACUGCAGGUGAUCUUCUUGCUUAUUUGGACUGAUAGAGUGCGCUACUGAAAGGCAAAUACUUAGUCAAAGUUUAUAUAUAUACUAAUAUAAAAAUGGAGAGCUUUGAACAGAAAAUCGUCAAAUUGAAAGAAAUUAUCAAGAAUACUAAGUUAUUUUUUAUUUUGUGCAACAUAAUCAUAGGGGUGUUUGCAUUGGUUCAGUUUGGAACAGGACUAGCAAUCCGAGAAGAACAGUUGGAACUGAAAUCUAGUGAACGCCUGACCGUCAACCAUAUUACCAUCGGUGCCAUUAUAGCAGUCGCGGCUGGUCCGUUUAGUUUCCUACUAUGUAUUUGGGGGAUAUACGUCAUGAAACAUAAAAAACUCUUCCUAAGUUACACCUUGCUUCUGAUUCCUGUUGUUGCGGAAAUCACAUUGUGUGUGUUUGUUUGGAAAUACUCCACUGGUGAAAUGGUCAGGAUUUUUACUACAGAAGCAAUGUUGCAGGAAAUACAACGCUAUUAUACGAGCACCUCAGCUACUCAAGCUAUAGACAGUAUCCAAACCAAGUUCAUGUGUUGUGGACCAGUUUCCACAGAAGACUAUAUACAGAAGAACUUGUCAGUGCCAUAUUCUUGUAUAGCUAAUACAAGAGGGGGAUAUUAUGAAAAGGGUUGUGGUGCGGAACUCAGCGGGUAUCUAACAGACAAAUCAAAUUUGUUAGGAUGGAUUGGAACUCUUCUUAUCGUAUUCCAGGUGACGGCGCUCGGUAUUGCGUUCAACGUCUUCGAAGAGUUGGCCAAAGCUGAAGAAGAAAAGACGACGAAAGAUUACCAAGAAUAUAUGGAAAUGCUUGAACGACAAAUAGCAGAAAUUUGAAAUUCAGAAGUUAAUGUCUGACUACAAUCAUCAAAAUAAUACAAUGCCAAAUUCUGUGAACUUUGUUAGAACUUUGCCUAAUAUAACAUUUAUUUUGGAUGCUCUAGCUUGUAUUAGGUUAGAAACGUCGUAUUGUUUUCUUUAUCACGUUAUAAAAAAUUUAGCCUCUUUGAUUAAUUUUUUAGCUUAGUGUUGCUCUUCAUUUAUCAAAACUUAACCAUAACACUCCUCUAAAAACCAUACUUCUAGAUAGAUGGACUUGAAUUUAUAGGGUUCGAUGGGUACCAGAAUUGGGUUAUAAUUUAAAUUGUGGACCUGAUUACGACUUUCAGGAGGUUCUGAAGGAUAUAGUACACUACACUUGUGAAGCAUAUUUACUUAAGGAUAAGUUAGAUAUAGAUUUGUGCUACUAGCGGAAGAAAAUAGGAGAUUAGAAGUAGAAAUGAUGGAAGCAGGACAGGAAAUGGAUAGUUAGGGUAAAGACUGAUAUGAGGAAGGGGGAAGAUGUGAAUGCUGGGUUUGCAAGAUUGCACAGUAGUAAAACAAUUAAGGAUACAGAGACAAAUUCAGUUAGCAUUUGUGUAUCAGUCCUUAAUAGAUAUGAACCCUUGGAAGCCUUCAAUAAGAAUCGAGAUGAUCAAGAGAUUUAUAUCGUGAAGGAUUCUCGUUAAGCGUACUAAUAAAGUUAUUUCUAUGUCUAAAAGAGAGCAUAAAAACACUAGGACUGGAAUUUCCUUGAAAGGGGGUAAACGUAGAGGACAGUUUAAUUCUUGGUACCAAAAACAUUCUUUUUAUGUUGUGCACAUACGAAUGAGUACUGAAAAUUGUGAAACAGAAGAGCUGCUAAAAUGUAUAAAGGACUCCUUCAGUAGUUUAAAGAGAGAAAUAAACAUGUGGUCCUUUUAGGAUUGCUCCCUUAGGAUAGAUGCGGGAAUGGAUUACUUAGCAGAAUCCAAAAUUUAAAUGAAAGAUCAUCAGGGAUAUUCGUAGAGCAACGGAUGAGCUGGUUGAAUCUAUGGGAUAUUUUUCAGAGUAUGGUGAAUUAUGUGCUAAAGAUGGGAUCCACCUAACUGGGUUAGAGCGUAGAGUAUUUUGGGGAGGUUCUAAAGACAUUCAUUAAAGAUGGUUUAAACUUACGUGGUGCUGAGAGAGUUUGGCAAAUUACGUACAAACAAAGUGAUAGGACGGCUAUGGCAACGAAGAGUAUGAAAAAAUGAACUUUAUGGCACAUAAUGAUAAAUAAAGUGUGUGUCAGAUUUCAAGAUGAAUAGAGUAGAUUAAAUAAUAAGGCGUACUUGCUAGUAUUUUAGUGCUAGGAAUAUUAGGAACAAAAUGGACGACUUCAGGGCGUUUGUUGAAAUGGUUUGUUUUUGUUU